UAAAAGGAAACCAGGAGAGCAGAAGGGAAUUUUGUACGAUUGCGUGUCGUGCCGACUUCAGCCUUCGGUGUCCCCACCGCUCAGCGAGCCAGCCGGCCUCCGCCCCGCGAUGGGCGCCGGGAUGAGCAGCGGGCGGCGGCGCGUCGCCGGCGGCGGGGGCGGCCGGCCGAGCGGGAUGCUCCCCCUGCUGGCGCUGCAGGUGCUGCUCGAGUACGGCCGCGCGGGCGCCAGCCGGCCCCCCGUGACGGCGGCGCUCAUCGCCGCCAACACGCUGGUGUACCUCCGCCCGGGCUCGCUCGACGCGCUCCUCCCCACGCUCGACCGCGUCGCCUUCAACCCGCACCUCAUCGUCCAGUUUGGAGACCUUACACGCUUCUUCUUGUCAGCUUUCUACCACUUGAGCGAGACUCACUUCUUCUACAACAUGACAUCUCUCUUGUGGAAGGGCAUACAGCUUGAAACGUCAAUGGGUAGUGUUGAGUUUGCCUCUAUGGUUGCUGCAUUGCUUGGCCUGUCUCAAGGCAUCACGAUACUUUUGUCCAAAGGUUUACUGCUUUUCGGCAAUGAUGCGGCUUAUUAUGAUCAAUUAUCUGUUGGAUUCUCUGGAGUACUAUUUGGUAUGAAGGUCGUGCUGAAUGCCUGGUCAGACGAGUUUGUCUUUCUUCAUGGGAUGGUUAUUCCAGCAAAGUAUGCUGCCUGGGCUGAAUUACUACUCAUUCAGGCUUUCAUCCCUGGGACAUCGUUUAUUGGCCAUCUUGGUGGAAUACUUGCUGGACUGGCCUACCUUUGGCUUAAGCGAUCAUUCUCAGGGCCAGACCCUCUUUCUCUUCUCAUUUCAGGAAUCGGAAAGGUUGUGAGCUGGCCAGUAGGUUUUGUUCAGAAGCUUUUCCGGUCUGGCCGUCGUCAGGGUUACACCGCGAGUCGGGGCAGAGUUGGGCACCGUGCAUCACCAAGAGAGACUGGUCGAGGUAUAUGGAGAUGCUCAACCUGCACUUAUGACAACUCGCCUUCAACAGAUAUCUGUGAAAUGUGCAGCACUGCACGUGAGGACCGUGCUUUUUCCCGCAGACAGCACCUCCAAGCUGGACAGAACGGAGAGCUCUCAGUCGAGGAGAUUCGCCGUAGGAGGCUUGAGAGAUUUUCCAGAUGAUGUUAACCAUUGGUUUUUGGUGGUACAGGAAGGUAGUUAAUUCUUCAUGAAAACUGACAAGGCCCUCUUAGGCCUUCGUCUGUUACUGCUACAUGCUGCUGAACAUUCUUGUGUCUAAUGAAUACUGAAGUUUUAACUAUCCUAUUCGCUGAACUGCUACUUACUUAGCUCCACUUUAGAAUCCCUUCAUAAUAUCUGUAGUCUGUUAUUUUGUCUCAUUAUCAAUGCCUUCAAAGCAUGUAAUUAUGUCUUCUUUUUCUGGAUAAGUGGAGCAUUGGAGUAAGUAGUUAACCACGGCAUAUAAUCCCUCUGCUGUAUGUCUGUCACCUAUAUGUUGGGCAUAUUUUUCAGGCCGUCAGGACAUUCCGCUUCACAGUCAAUUUUGCUUCUCUCUUCGCACUGUCUUCGCAAU